ACAUCACAGCUUCUUUAGUGGUGGACUUUAUUGCGCAUUAUUGCUCCUUAUUCAAGAAUGUUCUCUAGCACUGCAGUAUUUCUGUGAGUGAUGCUGUUUAGAAGAACAGAUGUUGUUCAUGAAAGUGCGUUAAUGAGCUUUUUUUUUAUUUUAUUGCAAAAUGCUAAGGUAUUUUAGAAAUACAACUGUUAGAAAUCAUUAACUCCUUUGGGCAUUGCAAACCUGAACUGCAAAUACGACCUGUGUCAGUAAUAAAUGCAGUUGUGUAGUGCCAGGCAGAGGGCGCUCAGUCUCAAAGCAUGCUCCUUUGUGAGAAUAAAGGCACUGUGAUACGGAGUCUGUGUCCAAAAUGCAUAGAAUCGAGCGAACACAGAACAUUUAGAAUCUAGCGUCACGAAGGUAGUCAGUGGCGUCUGGCUCACUUGAAACCAAAUGCAGUCACAAUUGAGCUGUUUUGUCUCAGUGUCUCAGUGAAACGGCAUCGGAAGAAAGCUUAGCUGCUUGCUCCGGUUUCGAUAAGUUUUGGAGCCGCAACGCUCUGUACCAGAGUCGAGACCAGGACGGAGAACAAAAAGAUUCAACUGUGAUGCAACGUUUUGUAAACAUGAAUUUGCCUAGCUCAAUUCUGUAGCGUUUUCGGGACAGAAAGGCUAGGAACUUUUCCUCAGAUUCCGGAUAAUGACUUUCAUGACGGCGACGCGAGUUUAUUAAUUUGUCUGCGGAGGUGAAGUUGAGGAGUCGGUUGUUAGAAAAAAAAAACAUGUGCCACUCUCCAAGUCACGGACACUCUGUGAUGUGCUGAGGAUGGCCGGUCGAAGCGCGAGCGUCUGUGGCCCUGGAGGCUAAACACCACCCCUCCCUCCCUCCCCACCCCCAGAGGAAAGAAGGAUGCACCUGUCCCCUGUCGGCAUCAGCAAACUCUGCUUCCUCCUCUCGCUGGCCCUCUGCGCCUUCCUCAUGCUCCUGAUCCCCACCCUCCAGGCCCCCGCACGCCAGGGUGACCUGCCCCCGCCCCUGCCCCGACCCCAGCUCCGUCCCAAGCCCGCCGGUGCCCGGCGGGGUCUCGGAGCAGAGGUCCUGCCGCCCGGUGGUGCCCACCCGAACAAGACCACGCUGAGUCAGAGGGUCACGCUCGCCACUAGCCCACAGACUCCUAACGAGAGGACCGCAGCCGAGCUGAGAUCCCUCCAGGGGGCAGAGGACGCCGCUGCUCAAAGGAGGUACUUGGGGUCUCGUUCCAGAGAUCCGCUGGAGCCGAAGGACAUUUUCCUCGCCAUCAAAACGACCAAGAAGUACCACAAGUCUCGUCUCGAGUUGCUUUUUCAGACCUGGAUAUCCAGGGCAAAGGAGCAGACCUUCAUAUUCACCGAUGGUGAGGAUAAGGAGCUGAGGAAGAAACCAGGGCUGAAUGUGAUCAACACUAACUGCUCAGCGGCCCACACCCGUCAGGCCCUGUGCUGCAAGAUGUCUGUGGAGUACGACAAGUUCAUCGAGUCGCAGAAAAAGUGGUUCUGUCACGUGGACGACGACAACUACGUGGUCCUCCCCAGCCUGCUGCGGCUACUCGCCUCCUACUCCCACACACAGGAUGUGUACCUGGGCCGCCCGAGCCUGGACCACCCCAUCGAGGCGGCCGAGAGGGUCAAGAGCGAUGGAUCAGUCUCGGUGAAGUUCUGGUUCGCCACGGGUGGAGCCGGGUUCUGCAUCAGUAGGGGACUGGCACUCAAGAUGAGCCCCUGGGCAAGCCUCGGCAACUUCAUCACCACGGCAGAGAAGAUCCGUCUCCCUGACGACUGCACCAUCGGUUACAUCAUCGAGGCGUUGUUGGAGGUCUCCAUGACGCACACACACCUUUUUCACUCACACCUGGAGAACCUGCAGCGGUUGCCCACCAACAGUGUGUUAGAUCAGGUUACCCUGAGCUAUGGAGGAUUUGAGAACAGAAGGAAUGUGGUCAGUGUUGGAGGUGUUUUCUCAUUGGCUGAAGACCCGUCACGGUUCAAAACCAUCCACUGCCUUCUGUACCCAGAGACGGAAUGGUGCCCCAUAAGGAGUCACCCCUGACCCCCUUGUGCCACCCUUGUUGCUCACGUCAGAUCACCCCCAAGCUGUCCUUGGAGUCGAGACGUCCUCUAUGUCUUCUUGAACUGUCUCUGGUCCCCUCUGUCUCUCGGACCUUCUCGAGCAAUGCUGAGGUUAUCAGAUGUCAAUGAUUUACCACUUUGGACUUGCUUUAUUAAAAGCUGUGUUUUCAGCUUUCACAUGAAUCUCUAUUGAGGUACAAAAGCCAGGCUCAUAUCUGGCUGCUUAUUGAAACAGGGUAAGGCUUUAAUUUAUUAUUGUUAGUCCCAGACCAUUCGAAAGACUGGAUGGACAUGAGAGGUAUUCGUGAAUAUUGAAAUGCAAUCAGUGUUACUGACGACAGGCCGGUUCGGGCUCGUUACUUCGUUCUCCCAGGCUUUGUUUUUUUUUUAAUGGAUGGCGGUAACCAGACCCCCUCUCCUCUCAUCUGCCUGUUUAACUUGCAUGUCUAUGAAUCCAGAACAGCGCAAGUCAGCCAAUAUUAUGACCACUGCUAAUGCAAUCGAGGUGUAAAAAUUGAGUCUAGUGAGUUUUUUGACAGUGGAGCCAUUGUGCUUGGCGGCCAUUUUGGAAGAACUUUGGGGCACUUUUUGCAUGAGCGAUCCACAGCACUCAUUUAAUCACCCAAUCAUGCCAGGUUAUUCACUUGGAGGGAAUGUGCAUAGUUCAGUUCAAGUCAUUACGCAAUUUGUCACAACAUCAGAUUUACUAUUAAGGCUUGCUGACAAAGGCUGUAAAAUCUGUCAUUUUAAAGAUUAUUUUUGCCCUGUUUUGAGAAUCAUGAGAUUUCAUCUCUAAUCUCCACCAUGACGAAACAAAGUUGUUCAUUCCAAGUUCUUGCCUGAAAGGACUGACUGGGUUAGAGAGUAUGAAGGUACUUUUCAAAAGGUCAAAGCUUUUCAAAAAGAAAUCCUGAUAUUCCUGCCAAGUCUGGUGUGUGUUGGUUCUCGUGUCUUUUGUGUUGUGUAAUUUUCAUGCUGUUGACUUGAUUGCACAAGCGUGGAUCACUGCUGGUCAGUGGUAAGUGUAGUUAUAAACAUGCCAAAACCUACACUUGAUAUAUGUUUUUUUGUGUGUCAUAAGCAACACUUACUUAAAUACGCGCUCUCUAUCACAUAGGUGAUGCUAGCACAUACAAAUUAUAACACACUACACGUGAGAGUUGCAAAAAACACUACCAAAGAAUGUUGCAGUUGAUUCCUAUGUGUUCUGUUCUUACGUAUGUAUGUGUGUCUCUUGUCUAUGAAAAUAAAGCAUGUUGCCACAAAGUGCAUCCUAUGAA